GCCCGUUUUUGUUGUUUUUGUGUAAACGUUUUGGUGACUUACGAUGCCCAAGGAGAAAAGCCAUUCCCGCCGCCGGAGUCGCAGCCGUGAGAAAAGGAGAAGUACGAGCCGCAGUCGGGACCGAGACCGAGACCGUGACCGUGAUAGGGAUAAGAACAGGUAUCGGGAAAGGGAGAGAGACCGCGAGCGGGAAAAAGAACGUGAAAAGGAGCGGGAACGUGACCGUCGCCGAGAGAAUGAAAAGCGGCAUGAUCCCGAAAGAUCCAGGCAGAGGGAUGACAGACAUGAACAAUCAUCUUCCAGUAGAAAAAGCCACAAAAAGCAUCGACAUCGCUCUUCAUCGUCCAGCUCCAGUUCUAGCACUUCAUCCACGCAAUCCAAUGGGAAAGCAAAAUCGCCUUUAACCAAAAACUCGAUGAAACUGCUGCAAACUUUGGAGGCGCGUCGCCUACGCGAACAACAGGAACGCCAACGUCAAAAGGAUGAGCUCAAGGCCAAGGAGACACCCGAGGAGAAGCGAGCCCGUCGCCUGCGCGAGAAACAGGCCAAGGAGCAGCGACGUCGUCAGCGCAUGGGCUGGGACAAUGAAUAUCAGACGUACUCCAAUGAGGAUAAUCCAUUUGGUGAUUCAAAUCUCACAUCUACAUUUCACUGGGGCAAAAAGUUAGAAGUGGAGGGCUUGUCGAAUCUGCCAACCAAAACCGUUGAGAUUCUUUCGUUGCAAAAACAAUUGGAGAAUCGACGCGAACUGGAGAAGGUGAAGAAGCGUCGCCAGGAACGGGAACUGGAACGUCAAGUGCGUGAGGAUGACAUGAUGCAGCAGCAACGAGCCAAAGAGGCAAUCCAAUUCCGUGAGUGGCAACGCCAGGAGGAUCAAUUCCAUUUGGAACAGGCCCGCCUCAGAAGUGAGAUUCGUAUACGCGACGGAAGAGCGAAACCUAUUGAUUUGUUGGCUCAAUAUGUGGCUUCCAAUGUGGGCGGCGGUGGUCAGGCUCCCCUUGAGGAAUCCCUUGAAAUGCAGAUGCAUGAACCUUACAUGCUGCUACAGGGUCUGCCCAUGGAUGAGCUAGAAGAUCUCUUGGUCGACAUCAAAGUGUACGAAGAGUUGGAACAGGGUAAGCAUAUGGAUUUCUGGCUGGACAUGAUUACCAUUGUUCAGGAUGAGUUGCAAAAGUUACAAAAACUUCAGGCCGAAAACGAAGCCAAUGGAGGUGGUAAUCUGAAUCAACGACGCGAUGGCAUUCAUCAAAGUGUGGUCAAGGAUGUGGCAGACAUAUUUCGGGGCAAAAAUGCCAAACAGCUGGAAGAGAUGCGUCAACGGAUUGAGGCCAAGAUUAGCGGUAGGGCAGAUGGUGUCGACAUUAGCUACUGGGAGAGUCUGCUCAGUCAAUUGAAGGCUCAUAUGGCCAGGGCACGAUUGAGAGAUCGCCACCAGGUUUUGCUGCGCGAGAAAUUGCAACUGCUGAAACGAGAAAAUGAGGAAAUCAAAAUGGAGGCAAAUGACGAACGCGAAAGCCACAGUUUGGAGACACCACAUGGUGAGGAGGCGGCGGCGGCGGCCGAGCGACCACUAGAAGAUGGCAAUGAAGCAGAUUCCAUGAAUCCAGAUGACAUUGGCGAAGAUGAAGAUGACGACGAAGAAGAAGAUGAGACAUUAAGAGAACUCAUUAAAGCUUCCCGCCUUUACGCAAUGGGUAACUAUAGCCCCGAGUAUAUGAGGCCAGAUGAUUGUCCCGGUCGUCUGGUGCAUCCAUCGAACGAGGAAAACGAUGAUGAUCCACCGGCCGAUGGCUGUCUCUAUUACGACAGCGACGAUGAACACCGUGUCCAGCGUCAACGUCUCUUUGUACUCCAUCCAGAGCGACGGACUGUCGAGGGUGAUGCCCAUCAUACAUUGACACCCCAGGAAUUGCGCAUGCGCAACGAAGCACGCCAGGGCAUGCAGGGCGAUGAGGCCGAAUUCAGUGUGGAGACCACAUUGGAUGCCGUCCCGCAAUUGGCCACCGAUAAGUAUCGUCCACGUAAGCCGCGCUACUUCAAUCGCGUUCACACCGGUUUCGAAUGGAAUAAAUACAAUCAGACGCAUUAUGAUAUGGACAAUCCACCGCCAAAAAUCGUACAAGGCUAUAAAUUCAAUAUAUUCUAUCCGGAUCUUAUGGAUAAGUCUCAAACUCCGCAAUAUUUUCUUACUCCCUGUGCCGAUAAUUCAGAUUUUGCGGUUCUACGCUUCCACACGGGUCCGCCGUAUGAAGAUAUUGCCUUCAAGAUUGUCAAUCGGGAAUGGGAGUUCAGCUAUAAACGGGGAUUCCGCUGUCAAUUUCAUAAUAAUAUCUUUCAACUUUGGUUUCAUUUCAAGCGCUAUCGCUACAGGCGUUAAUUUAAAGAGACUUUUGUCAGAUUUUAUGAUACAUUUCACAUAAAUUUAUAGGUUAGGUAUAAAAAAAUUCUUUAUAAUGCGCACUUGGCACAGGAGUAAAAAUUAAAAAAUAGAAUUUUGUAUAUCAAUUUGUAAGUAUCAAAAUGUUUUGUUAAAUAAAUGUAAGUGUCCAUAAAAGAUA